AUUAUUUGUACACGUCACAGGUGAUCGCUGUGUCUUAAAAAAUCGGCAACGAUCUCAGAGCAGAAAGAAUGGCGUUGACUUUCGAGAUCUUCUCCGGCCUUGCGAUUCUGACUUUGGUCUUGUACUACUACUUCACGGCGCAUUUCAAGUUUUGGAAAACCUGCGGAGUCCCCGGGCCUGAACCGACGCCCAUCAUCGGGAAUGUAUUUCAAAUUAUGGUCGGGAAAGAAUCGCUGGGCGACUUCGUGCAACGACUUUACUGGAAGUAUAAAGACGAGCCGAUGAUCGGAAUAUUCGUCAGACGCACGCCAGUGCUCAUUGUUCAAGAUCCGGAAUUAAUCAAGAACGUGCUAAUUAAGGAUUUCGCUAAAUUCGCAAAUCGAGGGUUCAUGAAGAAUGAAAUC